AAUGAGAGAGGUGCGUUUGUUUCUAACAUUCACAACGUCGCUUCGUGUUUUGUAUUCUACCUGUUGUCUCUGUUAAGCUUCACUCUAGCACACCGCCCACCCGGUUUCUUUUGUUGUGUAAAACGUUCGCCCUCCGUGGAACGUGAACACGGAAUGACGCACAUUCUUGGCGUUUCAGCACAGCGACGCUAAUGCUAAGGUAAUGCUGAGUGGUGUGUCGUAGAUUGCUGUUUGACAUCUUACCUGCGGAGAAAUAGUCCUGGCCCGCGUUGAAAACCUCGUUACAAUUUUCUCGUAUUUGUCUGGGAUGUAUGGAUGGAUAUUUGACGGAAUCUCGUCGCUGUUUGAGCCCAUUAAGGGGCAAAACCCCACCGAGUGGCCCGGAAAAGGUAACGUUAGCACCGAGGUAACCACCCGACCGGGCGUGAAAGAGGCAGCUUGGCGGCAGGAGAACCACUGCAGACCUGCUAAACGGAACUACCAGAGCGUGCAUGUUGCAGAGAGUGUUUGCCAGAGCGAGCAGGUCGAAGUGAAAAGAUGCAAGCGAGAUGUAGUAAUCAGCUUCGUGAAGAAAACUGUGGCUGGGGUAGCAGGUCUACUCAGGCUGCGGAAAUCAGUGACGACAAAGCGUGAGAAGCCCAGACUUCAUGAAGAGACAAAGCCUGUCCCUCUAAUGGGCAUAGAUGAGCUCCACACCUCAUGGCUGAGCAGUACUGAAUGGAGAAUGGAUAAACCAGUAGGUGGAGUUAAUGAGAGGGGUGGAAAGAAUCCUUUUCAGAGCUCUUUACCUCCUUUAAUGAGGAAAUACAGUGGGACAACGCUCCCUGCUGGGCUUGCAGAAAGAGGGAAGGACAGGGAGAGGAGAGGCUCCCUCCAGCUGCUGCCCUCGAGGCCUACUCUCAGGGUGGGAAAUGCUAAUUCUGACCCAACAUGCAAUGGCUUUGGACACAACCGCUGCUAUAGGCCGAGUCUUACUGUGGAAGAGGCCAUAAAGCAGAAUAAUAAGGAGCACUACAGGCGCUUGCUCGAGAUGGUGACAGAGAAAUACAGCAAAAGCCAACCACUACCUUUCAACCAGUCAAAACCACAAGAUGAGCCGCUAUCACAGGUUGAUCACAAAACAGUUGCUUCUGGAAAAACCUUUGAAUCAGUGCCCAGGAAGACGGGACAGACAGCUGCUGCUAGUGUGUUUACAUGGAGAAAUGCAUCGGCAGCUAAUGACAGGAGGGGUAGUUUCACCUUUAGUAAGCCAAUCAGCGGACCCUUUGAGGACACACAGCCUGUUGGAUAUAUAAAGCAGAAACAGGGAGCAGAGUUGGAUCUUUCUACAGAGGUAGCUACUCGCCUCAACCUUGUGGACAGAGAUACUCCUGCUUUCAGCCUGCCUGACACACAUUCUGCACAUACAAGGCACAGUGAGGAAGACAUACCCAGACUGACCAAGGAAAUGGCUGCAGAGGUGAGUGGAGCUCUGGCUCAAAGUGAUCCCAACCGUGUUCUGAGUGCAGCUUUCAAACUUCGCAUCACUCAGAGAGACCUGGCUACACUACAGGAAGGCAGCUGGCUCAAUGAUGAGGUGAUGAACUUCUACUUUUCCCUGAUCAUGGAGCGAGGCUCUGGUGAAGGAGGACAAUUAAAAGUCUACUCGUUCAGCACUUUCUUCUUCCCAAAGCUACGGACUGGAGGACAUGCUGCCGUGAAGCGUUGGACCAAGGCUGUCGACCUCUUCGCGUUUGACCUCAUUCUGAUCCCUCUGCAUCUGGGCAUCCACUGGGCAAUGGCUGUGAUCGAUUUUAGGUCAAAGACAGUGAAGUCAUAUGACUCGAUGGGCCAGCGACAUGAUGACAUCUCUCGUCUUUUACUACUCUACCUUAAAGAGGAGCAGAAAGUGAAAAAAGGCAGAGAGCUUGACUGUGCCAAAUGGACUGUUGGAAGCAUGAAAGCUAGCGAAAUUCCCCAGCAGAAAAAUGGAAGUGACUGCGGUGUUUUUGCUUGUAAAUAUGCCGACUAUAUCGCAAGAGGAAGGCCUCUUACCUUUAAACAGUGCCACAUGCCUCUCUUCAGGAAGUUGAUGAUGUGGGAAAUCCUUCAUCAGAAGCUGCUAUAGAGGAGCACAUGUAUUAUUAAUGGCCUACCAGAUGAGACUGGGGUCAGUGGGAGCAACUCCUUGUGUACAGUGUCUACGUGUGAAAGUAGAAAAGAAUAAAUGGGCCAAAGAAGUGGACUUGACCGACUGAGAUCUAACCCCGUCUCCCUCUCCCGGUCUGGAGAACCAAGCACUAGUCUUAAGAGUUAAUUGUUGCUUAUCGUGUCAGGGACAUGUAAACAUUUUGUAGUCUCUGAGUUGUAAUUAGAGACAGUAUUUGUAACAAGUGUGUGUCUUACAGAAACUUUGGCACUACUGACUGACUGACCUGUCAUUGAUUGUUUUUUUCUUAUUGUUUGAAGUGCUGCCUGAAGUGCCUUAAGUCCUCUCACACUGAGCUUGGAGUAUUUUUUUUUUUUUUUUUUCCCCAGUUGGGAAAUUGAUUAUUUACAACUCAUCAUGUGGGUGUAGUUUACCCUCUCCCAGCUGUGAUCAGUGAACGGCAAAUGACUACAAUGAUGUUUUAGGCAUUAAACUUAACCUUUUUGUAAAAUACAGACAAUGACAAUUAAAAUACCUCCUUUCCAGA